AUGGUGGUGGUUUCAGCAGGGGCUAAAUCUGGGAAGAAAUUCGCAGAUGAGAUGAAAAUGGCGGCAAUGAAGCUGCACAAGAAUAAGCCAGGGGAGAAGGAGCCGGCCGGCCUUGGUAUCGCUACAUGGGAGCCUACUCUUGAAGGCUACUUGAGCUUCUUGGCAAAUACUAAGUUGAUUUAUGAAGCUCUCGAGAACAUUGUCGACCGAGCUGUCUUCCCUCACUAUGCAGAAUUGAGGAAGACAGGGCUGGAAAGGUCAGAGAGGAUUGCAAAAGACAUGGAGUGGUUUGAAGAACAAGGUUAUGCUAUCCCACAAGCAUCAUCUGUUGGAAUAAACUAUGCUCAAUACCUUUGUGAGUUGUCUGAAAACGAACCGCACGCCUUUCUUUGCCAUUUCUACAUGAUUUAUUUCGGUCACACUGCCGGUGGUAGGAUGAUCGGUAAAAAGGUGGAGGAGAAGAUUCUCAAUGGUAAGGAAUUGGAGUGCUACAAAUAUGAAGGAGAGCUGCCACAACUACUGCAGAAUGUUCGAGAUAAGCUCAACACACUUGGGGAAAGAUGGAGUAGGGAAGAGAAGAAUCGAUGCCUUGAUGAGUUUCAGAACUCUUUCAAAUUCGGGGGCGAUAUCCUCCGUCUUGUACUCCAUUGA